AUGGCCAAGGGAAAGAAAACCAAAGAGGCUAAAAGUAAGACAAUCACCUUGAAAAUGGCUCAGGACAGCGUGACGUUGACAACAGAUGGCAAACGGCGACUGGAUCUCAGUUUUAAGGAGAUCUCGUCGGUGCCAAAGUGCAUCCAGAAGCUGUGUGAUGUGGAUGAACUUGACCUGAGCAGGAACCUGAUGAAGGAAGUCCCAGACAUUCUUGACCUUUUCAUCAAUAUCCGUGUUUUGGAUCUGCACAGUAACUAUCUGGAGGAAGUCCCUGAGACCAUCGGCCGCCUCCAGAAGCUGCAGGUUUUGAACUUGUGUAACAACCGUCUGACAACCCUCCCCAAUGAGAUCGGCCUUCUGAGUAAACUCCACACUCUCAACCUGGGCCUCAACCGGCUGGACGCUCUUCCCUCCACCAUUGCUGCCUUGAAGGAGCUCCGCAACAUCGGCCUCUCUGACAACCAAUUCACCCGCGUCCCCGGCUGCCUUUCGAGGCUCAAGGAUCUGGAUAAGGUCAACCUGGACAGGAACCCCUUCGUUACUGAACAUUCCCACAGUCAGGGAUCAGUCCUGAUAACAGACAGACUUUAUGUGGUCAAGGAGAGCAUCCUGUGUGAUGACUGUCUGAGUAAGUGCCAAAUGGAGAGGAAGACGCUGGAAGAUGCUGUGAAAAGGAAGGAUCCCAAAUUGCUGGUGACCCAGGAAGACAGGGAGAUGUAG